UGUUACUUAUUGCCCUCAUACCUGAGCGACUCUAUUCAUGACUGCUAUCUAAUUAACACCAGAAAAUGCUCGAAAAGUGGAAUAUUUUGACUUGCACCUAUUUCAUGGGCGCAGCCAUCUUGGAUAGUUAAGCCAUUUCAGCCAAUCAGCUGUUGCCUCGUUCAGCACUUCGGUUGAUUGUGCACUUCCUGUGGUUUGCGAAGUACGUGGCGAAAAGAUGCGAUUUAUUUACUGAUCUUGUCCUGGUUUUAUCAUUAACUCCGAUCAGGGUCUUGUCAGCUUCAAAAUGUCAGUUACCAGAAGCUGGUCUCUACUGUUAGCUGUGCUAGUGGUGAAUUUCAUAGCUGUGUACUGUCAGGAGGCAGGGGUUCAACCAGAGCACUUGGAGGGACACCAGCAGACGCCAGAAUCAGGUGAGCUUAAACAAGAAUCGGUUGGGGAGACACAGCAUCAAAGUGGGGGCACAAGUGAUCAAGGUUUGCCUGUAGAUAACAGUCCUAAAGAUAACCGAGACUAUAAAGACAAUGUUGUUAAUGGGAAAGUUGAAGCAAUGGUUAUAAAAGAGUCUGGUGUGCAUCAGGGCCAGGAAGAGGUAGAACCAUCUUUACAUGAAGUGCCAAAAGAAAGAAAGUCUGAGGAGGUAGAAGAUGUGCUGCCUGAUGAAAUCACACCUGAAGAGUUGGCUCAUGAAAUGAGAGAAGAGCUGAAUGAACAAGUAAAAGGAUCGCAUACUGUCGAGGCACAUGUUGUUCCUGUUGAGGAGGUAUUACCAAAGAUGGUUGAGCCGCAUUCAACACCAGUAGAACAGAGUUUGAGCCGGGAAGGUGAUGACCAGACAAGAGAUGACGGUGUUAACUUGGCUCUUUCUCAAAACAUUGAUGUUGUUGAAGUAAAAGAAGACAUGUCUACCCUGUCUAAUGCAGGUCAGGAAAAGGGGGAUGUUAAAGAAAUUCCUAAUGAUGGUGUAACCCAGGAGGUGCCCAAAGGAAAAGCUGAUACCAAAUUACCAUCAGAAAAUAUGGGUGGGGAUGGAGUGCAAGUUGAGCCGUCAGUUGUUGAUGGGGCAAAAGAUGGUGAACCAAUCACUGUGGAUCCAGAUGGAAUGUCUUACGAACAUCACAUCGCUGAUCACCUUGAUACAACUGUUGAGGAACAAGUAGUCCAUGUGCGUGUGGUAGAUCAGUAUCCAGGUACACAAGAGCCUUCAGGGUCUACUGAUCCACCUCAAGAAGGAGGCGUCUCUUCAUCUGUGUCUGAGGAAGCUAGUCCAUUGGGGGACGAGUCUGAAGGUGGCACACAAGAAGAGAGCAGUACUGAGUCUUCAAAGAAACCAGCGUCUUCAGUACAGGUUGAGGAUGCUAUGAGACGGCCAGAAAGUGAAGUUAAUGUUGGUCAACAACAAACUGAUCAGGUUCCUGAAAGUCCCAGUGAUCCUGCUGAUGACAUUCUGUCCUCCCAGACACAGGUGAAUGAGGGUGGACAUGAAACGGUGCAGAAGGGAGGCAGUGGUGCUGAUAUGGCCCAAGUCGGAGAGGAUACUUCCCAGGGACCACUAGACACCAAUAACCAGGAUCAGCUUGACCGCAUGGACCACACCCUUGAACAGCCUCCACUUGAGAGUAUAGAGAUGGCACCAGUGAUGGAAGGAAUGGAGAACUUUGAGCAAGAAGAAACUGGUUCAGGCGAAACUCCAUCUGAACUGUUGAGUGCUGAGAAGCCGGUUGAACCAGAGGAGACAACCCCUGAGCUGACAGAAGAGGAGAAAAAACUCGCAGAAGAAGAGAGAAUAGCUGAGGAAUUCUACCAAAAGGGUGAAGGGAUUCUCAGGAAGCUUGGCAAGAAGAAUAUACCAGAGGCCUAUUCAUUCCUGCAGGCAGCUGCAAAACGAGGCCAUGAAAAAGCUUGGGAGAUGCUUGGCUAUGGUUUCCUAUUCGGAGAUGGAGUAACCCAGAAUGUCUCCAGAGCUCACGAGAUCUUUGAACCUCGCUCCAUCAAAGGAUUCCCAGGAUCUCAAAUGGGCCUGGGUUUUCUCCAUGCGACUGGCUUAUCCACAAACUCAAGUCAAGCAAAGGCACUGGUCUAUUUCACUUUCGCAGCUCUUGGAGGCAACCCGUACGCCCAGAUGGCAUUGGGUUAUCGCUACUGGGCUGGUGUUGGAGUUGAGCAGAAUUGUGAGUCGGCUCUGACAUAUUACAGGAAAGUCGCAACAAAAGUUUUUUCCCGUUCAGUUGCUGAGGAUGUGUCUUUAACGGGUGGCACGGUGGUGCAGAGAAUCCGGCUCUAUGAUGAGGCGGAGAACCCAAGCUCCAACAGCGGGAUGUUGGAUGAUGAUCUGAUACAGUAUUACCAGUUGCAGGCCAAGAACGGUGAUGUGCAGGCUCAGGUUGGCUUGGGACAGUUGUAUUUGCAGGGUGGACGAGGUGUCGAAGUCCAUCAUGAGAGGGCUUUCAAUUACUUCAGUCAUGCUGCAGAGGGCGGGAACUCCAUGGCGAUGGCUUUCCUUGGAAAGAUGUACUCCGAGGGCAGUGAAUCGGUGAAGCAAAACAACAUCACCGCCUACAAUUACUUCAAGAAGGCGGCAGAGAAGGGCAACCCUAUUGGCCAGAGCGGGCUCGGCCUCAUGUAUCUGUACGGUCGGGGAGUGGAGCAGGAUUACGCCAAGGCAUUUAAGUACUUCAGUAUGGCUGCAGAACAAGGAUGGGUCGAUGGGCAACUGCAGCUAGGCACUAUGUAUUUUAGUGGAAUGGGUGUGAAGAGAGACUACAAGAUGGCUCUGAAGUACUUCAACCUUGCCUCACAGUCUGGUCAUGUCCUGGCAUUUUAUAACCUUGCACAGAUGCAUGCCACUGGAACGGGAGUCCUUAGAGCAUGCCACACUGCCACUGAGCUUUUCAAAAAUGUUGCGGAGCGUGGCCGGUGGUCAGAGAAGUUGAUGGAAGCACAUGGCGCGUAUAAAGAUGGCAACAUUGACCUGGCGCUGGUCAAAUAUACCUUCAUGGCUGAGCUAGGUUAUGAGGUGGCACAGAGUAACGUGGCUUACAUCCUUGAUCAAGGUGAAACUGGUAUGUUCCAAAGAAAUGAAACAUAUUCAAGGGCAUUGCUUCACUGGAGUCGAGCAGCCUCACAAGGAUACACGAUAGCACGUGUGAAGAUAGGUGACUACCAUUACUAUGGUUACGGAACAGAGAUUGAUUACGAGACUGCGGCCCUUCACUACAGGAUGGCUUCAGAACAACAACAUAAUGCACAAGCCAUGUUUAAUCUUGGCUACAUGCAUGAGAGAGGCUUGGGGAUGAAGCAGGAUAUCUAUUUAGCCAAAAGAUUUUACGACAUGGCGGCUGAGACAUCGAUGGAUGCCCAGGUGCCAGUCGCUUUAGCUUUAUGUAAACUUGGUCUGAUAUAUGCCGCAGACUAUAUAAAUGAGAACUGGUAUCUCUACAAAGAGUUCGAUGUUCGACUUUUCCUUGGACCAUAUUGGGACAAAAUGUUAAUGACUUUCCUUGCUGGAAUUAUAGCUUUAAUCAUCUUACGAAAAGUACUUCAAUACGGACGAGGGACAUAGGGAAACGCAUCAUGAGAAGGCCACACUGUUUGUAUUAUUUGAUUCAGGGGUCCAUGGCUCUCGGAUCCUGGCUUUUGAGUUCAGUUGUUGCAUUUAUUUAUCGUAACUUAUUCUCAAAAAGAUGAGGAGGGGGGUUCCUCUGAUUAUUAUUUCUUGAACUCAAGUAGCUCCUUGUUAAACGAGACCAGCUCCUGAAUGGGUAAUACAAACUGAAUGGCCAGGAGCUAGUGUACAUAUGUAUUUAUCAGAAGAAGGGAUAGGUGGGUUCAAACGCUAACGAUUUUUUAAGCAAUUUUUUUAGAAGAGUCCUGCUGAAUUACUUCAGGGUUUAUGCUUGAUGAUAAUGUGUUUGUUAUAUGUGUCCUUUUGUUUUGGAAAUGUUGACGCGGAGAAGACAUGGGUGGAGGGCAAACACUAAAUUCAUUUAAAAUGAAAGCCAUUCAUGUAGGUGUACUUGCUGGUGGGCAAUUUUUGUUUCUGAAAAGCUCUCGGAUAGUAAAAUUGGCCUGGCGUGCAACCAAGUUGAUAUCAAAUUGAAACGAAAUAACAUCAGCUCCAUGCAAUUGGUGCCGUGAAAAUAAUCUACCAGUAUGUGUAGUUGUUGUCUUGGAGUGUAAAAGUUGUGACAAAUUUGCGCUAAAUCAAAACUUGACAAGUUUCCAUAAUCUUUCUUGAUCAUGUUGAUAUCAUUUUCAAAUCAUCCCAUUCUGACAUAUCGGGUCAUUUCACCGGCCCUCAUCGUAAACAUGCGGGGAGGAGUUUGCAAGUGGAUGUAAUCAUCUGCGCAUCUAUGUUAUUAAUCAUCAAACACUUGUGUGUCGGAUAUGUAAUCUUGUGGAGUUCCUCUGUGCACACUGAAUAGAAGUCAACCUUGACAUGUGAAGUGUUUCUGUUUUCACUUUUGGUGCCUCUUGACCAAAUGAAUGAAUGUGAAAGCUAUUGAUGUACAGUAUAUGUAUAUUUUUGUUAAAAUAAGACAAUGAUUUGAAAA